AUGAGCGCUCAACAACUCAACAUCGACAACGCCGAUCUUGAGAAGCUCAACGACAAGGACCGCACCGAGCUUCGCCAGUUUCUCGCCAACGAGCAGCAGCGUUCUCAGAUCCAAGCCCAAACUCACAGCUUGACACAGAUGUGCUGGGCCAAGUGCGUUCCUGGAACAGUCAAGAACUCCAAGCUCGACAAGUCCGAGGAGACAUGUUUGGCCAACUGCGUCGAGCGAUUUCUUGACGUCAAUUACCUCACGAUGAAGCACCUCAACGGCAUGCGCAACUAA